AUGGGCUACUGGGACGUUCCAGAGGGCACAGACUGCGUGCAAAAAACAUGGAUCACAACCAAGCUGGCCACCACUAUGGGCCUGGUGGGCUCAGCCUACCACAUCGUCGCCUUCCAGCCCGAAACUGCGAUGGAAGCUGUGCAGCGGGCCGGAAACGUCACCGUUACCAUGGCCGCGAUGGGCGCCAUCUUUGGGAUGGCGACGUGUCUCAGCGCUCAGGCCCGUGAAGCUCCGGACGAUCCACUCAACUACUUUGUAGGCGGCUGCGCUUCCGGCAUCUUUCUGGGGGCCAGGACCCACAGCGCGGCAACAGGCACAUCGGCGUGUUUGGCUUUGGGAACGCUGGCCUUCUUUGGCAAAGUGUCCAAGACGGAGGGCUGGAGACUGAUGGGACCUCCCAAACUGUGA